UUCUUGGGGUCACACUAACCCGGGCCAAUUCCGAGAGUCCAAAACAUCAAAUUUAUAAAUAAAUAAACUAUUAAUUGAUUUUUAUAGUUUCCUGUAAUUGUUAAAUGAUUUCCCUUGCUAAUAGCAGUUGGGAGAGAAGUGAAGUGGGUGAUAAUCUCAGUAAACAAUUGUUUACAAAGGGAAAUUCCCAAAAAAAAAAGAAUCGUGACCGGAAAAAAUGUAAAACUGAAAAAUCUCCGAAGAAAAAAGGACCAAACACAUCUGAGCCGACGAAGGACCCGAUUCGCUCGCUCAAAAAAAAUCUGAAGACCAUCAAAGAAAAAUUGAUAUCAAAAACUGACCAAAACAUUCAUUCCACGACAAAAUCCCAUAGAAAAAAUCCUCUAGAAUCCAAAAAACAAGCCACGCCUAAUAAACAAUUCAUCAAGUCUCUCCGACAGAAAUCAUUGAGUCUAAAACUCAGUGACAGCCCCAAAUCUCAAAAAUCCAAGUUUUCUCAGGAUGAAAAUUGCCAAAAAUCCUCAAAAUCUCCAAAAAACCGAAAUCAAAAACGGAACAAAAACAGACAGAAUGACCAGCAAACGAAUGUUUCAAACCAGAAUUUAAGUAAAAAAUUGAAGCCACAAAAUAAGCAACAACUAAAACGUAAGAUUGUUAAAUUAAAUCUCAAAGAGAAAACAAGCAUCAAUAUCAUUAAAUUAGGACACAUGCUGGAUUUAAAAAAUAAAGAAGUGGUCGAUAAAUCCCAGAGUUUGAGAGAGAGAAUGGUUUCCCAGUUAAGAGCCUCGAGAUUUCGAUUUCUGAAUGAAGAGCUCUACAAGAAUGACUCGACAAUCUCCAAACAGUUGUUUAAGGAUGAUCCAGAGGCUUUCAAGGCCUAUCAUGACGGAUACAAGCAACAGGUGAAUCAGUGGCCAGUGAAUCCCCUCGAUGUCAUCAUUACUGCAGUUAAAAAAAUGCCCAAGGACUGGAUUAUUGCUGAUUUUGGAUGCGGAGAGGCCCGACUCGCAGCUUCUGUCAUUCAGAAAGUCCACUCGAUCGAUUUUGUAGCAAUAAAUGAUAAAGUAACAGCUUGUGAUAUGGCACACACUCCUCUUCUUAUCAGUGGAGUCAACGUUGUAGUAUUUUGUUUGUCCCUAAUGGGAACUAAUCUCAAUGAUUAUCUCCGCGAGGCGAAUCGAGUGCUGAAGAAAGAUGGAAUUUUGAAGAUUGCCGAGGUCGAGAGUCGAUUCGACAACAUCGACGAGUUUAUAACUUUAUUAGCGAGCUUUGGAUUCAAAAAUAAGUGGAAGGACUUGUCCCACAAUUUAUUCUACUUCAUGGACUUCAAAAAAAUAUCGGACGUCAUCGUGAAGAAUCAGAAAUUACCACAAUUAACGUUGAAGCCUUGUUUGUACAAGAAGAGAUGAUUAAAAUAAAUAAAAUCUUAAAAAUAUGCAAUAAAAAAUCGUAAUUAC